AUGGCUCAGACGGUGGGACGGAACUUGGCAGCACCGCUGCUGUUCCUCAACUUCAUAAUGUACAUAAUAGUGAUCGGCUUCGCGAGCUGGAACCUGAACCACUUCAUCAAUGGCCAGACUAAUUACCCUGGUGUGGCGGGCAAUGGUGCAACCUUCUACUUCCUAGUCUUCGCCAUUCUGGCCGGAGUGGUGGGAGCAGCGUCCAAGCUCGUGGGAGCAAACCACAUAAGAUCAUGGACGAAUGAUAGCCUUGCAGCUGCGGCCGCUUCGUCCAUCGUCGCAUGGGCGAUCACCGCCUUAGCCUUCGGAGUGGCGUGCAAGGAGAUCGCCAUCGGAGGCCACCGAGGGUGGAGGCUGAGAGUCCUCGAGGCCUUCAUCAUAAUCCUGGCCUUCACACAGCUGCUCUACGUAUUGCUGCUCCAUGCCGGGAUGUUCAGCAGCAAAUAUGGACCUGGGUAUCGAGAUCCGGACUAUGUGGUGGGUGGUGGACCUGGAGAAGUGAAAGGAACCAGAAUCUAG